UGGCUUCUUUUAUUCUUUCUUUCUUACUUUUGAUUCUGGGCAUGCAAGCAAUUAGAGCAAUGGGUUGCAUUGAGAGGGAGAGGAACACACUUCUCAGCUUUAAAGCCGACCUAACUGAUCCAUACAACUUCUUGUCAUCGUGGGAAGGGCACGAUUGUUGUAAAUGGACGGGAGUCGUCUGCAGCAAUACAACGAGCCAUGUUGUGAAGCUCAAACUCGGAAAUUUAGCAUUGAGCGGUGAGAUCAACCCAUCUUUGUCUCUUUUAAGUGAUCUGAAGCACUUAGAUCUUAGUAUGAAUAACUUUAACGGCAUAAGCAUUCCUACGCAAAUAGGUUCUUUGCAUAAGUUGAAAUAUCUUAACCUCUCUAAUGCUUGUUUUAGUGGAACUGUGCCUGCUCAACUUGGGAAUCUCUCAAAUCUCCGCUAUCUUGAUCUUAGUGUUGAGCUUUCUCUUUCUUGCAUGAUGAGUGUAGGCAAUAAUAUGUGGUGGCUCAGCCAGCUUUCUUCUUUGAAGUAUCUUGAUAUGAGUUAUGUGUACUUAGGUGAUGUUCCAAAUUGGCUCGAUACUAUAAACAUGCUUCCUUCCUUGGAAGUGCUUCACUUGCCAUUCACUCUUCUCAACGGAAUUCCUUCGUCGCUAUCGAACGUCAACAUUACAGCUCUAAAAGACUCAUUCCUGAUGAACUUAGCUCUUUGA